AUGAGAUAAUGCUUUCCAUUUCUAAACAAAUGCCACUACAAGUAUAGAUGGGGUGUGCUUGGAUUUUGUAUCUGGCUUGUUUUGGGAGCAUUUUAUUGUUUUGAUAUUCCAACUUCUUUGCACAACACAUUAUAGGGACAUUUUUCUGAUAUUAUGACACCUGAAGCAUUUGAGCUAUAUUAUGGAGGGUUGUAUAGUUUAUAUUCAUUUGCAAAUAUUUUUCUUCCAUUUAUUAGCGGAAAAAUUAGGGAUUAAAAGGGUGAUAGAAUAGUGUUGAUUCUUAUGGUGGUUUUAGUAAUGAUAGGGCAAUUAAUCUUUGUCUAUGGAGUCCACCUAAAAAGCUUCAUGGUUAUGUAUUUGGGUAGAAUCAUAUCAGGUUGGGGCAUAGAAUCAGUUGUUCCUACACAAACCUCUUUCAUUUCUCCAUAUUUUAAAGAUGACUUUUUGGGUUUUGCAGUUGGCUUGAAUGAAUUUUUUGCAACUUUAGGGUCUAUAUUAACAAUGUAUUUAUGCCCUAAAUUGGCUUUAGAAUAUGGUUUAUUGAUAGCAGUAUCUAGCGGAAUAUUUUUUAAUUCAUUUAGCCUUAUUUGUGGAGUAAUCACUGUGAUAUUAGAUAAACAUGCAGAAAAACACCUUUUGGAAUUAGUGAAUUAUGAUUAAGUCAAAUAUUCUGUUUUGCGAUCAUCAGAAAAUCGUAGUCCCAGAUAAAGUGGUGGGAACAAUGCCAAUGGAGUUGAGAUAAAUUAUAAUAAGAAUGUUGGAGAAGAUGUAAUAGAAGUAGACGAGAUUUAAUCAGAAAAGCAAAAUGGAGAAGAUGGCUAGAUUCUAUCUUAACCAGAUGCUGUAUAGGCUAUUGAAACGUUUCCCAAAAUAUUUUGGCUUGUUAGCUGGUGCUAUGCAUUAAUUUAUAGUUCAGUAUUAGGAUUCAUUAAUAUUUCAGUUGGAUUACUAUCUGAGAGAUGGUUUGGAGUGACUGAAGAAUCAGAGAUUGAAGCAGGAUUUGUAGUCUCAAUUAUGUGGUUCAUAACUGGACUCUUUACACCAUUAUUUGGUAGCUAUACAGAUAAAUAUGGUUAAAGAUCCUCAUUACUAAUAUUUGCAACUGUGUUAUGUACUUUUUCUCACUUGAUGAUAUGGUAUGUCUUUCCAUUCUUAUCUCUGAUCUUGCUUGGAACUUCAUUGGCUCUAGCAUUUGCUUCUGCUUGGACUGGAAUUGUGUUUUUGGUUAGACCUGACACUUUGGGUAAGGCAUAUGCUUUGGUUAUUGCUGUAUAUAACUUCACAUUCACUCUUGUGCCUCUAGCCGUUGGUGCUUUAAGAGCAUAUUAUGGGACAUAUUUUUAUUCAUAAAUUAUGUUAUCUGUUUUAGGAGCCAUUGCUUUUGUGCUUUCUAUAAUAAUUUAUUAACUAGAUCACAGUUAAGAAAAUAUUCUUGAUGGAAAUGGACAAUAUGCAGUUAGUGCAACUAGUUUGGAAAAGAACUUUCCAAAUGAAACUGCACAUCUAAAAGAGGAUUGA